AAUGCUGCUUUAAGAAGGUAAAGCUGCUCUCUAACAAUCUCAAGAACUUGGUAUUUCUCGUCUUGGGGAUAGGGAUAAAAGAGGCGGCCACAAGGCCUUCUGCACCUCGACCUGAGUAGAUCUAUUGUGUUUUCCUGUUUUUUAUAACUCACUGGGCAGCUUCAGGUUGUUAAUCAACCUUACGGCUUUUCCUGUCCCAGUUGCAAGAACUUGAACCUACGUAGACUUUCACAAAAACAUAAAAUGUGUUGUGCGGUCUCCACCUCUUCCCGACAUUAUCUGCAUAGUGUUUCUUCUUUCUACUCUCUUAUCCGGUACUUGUGCUUUCUUAAGUGACACUACCCAUGCCAGGGUUUGAUAGUGAUGCUGACUUCCGCCAGGGCCUCCAUGCAGGUCCAAACCCUUUUUGUCUUCACCUUGCAUGAUACUUGGGGAGGGUUUAUCAUUGUUGACACUCGUGUCAAAUGGGACACUUAUUGUCACGUUGUACAAAGUUUUGUUCAUUUCGUGCCUCUAUUUUUUCGUCCCAAGUCAAAAAUGCUUCCAUUCACUUGAUAGGGAUGUAUCAUCAUUAUCUGGGAUGAAAUGUCCCUUAUGAAUGACUCAAUAAAUAUCAGUAUCAUGGCAGCGAAAAAUUCUGAUAUGUAUAAAGGCAAAAUCAUACUGGCUCCAAUGGUGCGCAUAGGUACACUUCCAAUGAGGCUACUUGCUUUGGAGUUCGGCGCCGAUCUAGUUUACAGUGAGGAACUGAUUGACUGGAAAAUACUCAGAUCAAAACGAAUAUUUAACAAGGCUUUGAAUACAGUUGACUUCAUCGAUGAAACUGAUGGGACGGUUGUAUUUAGAACUUGCGGUAAAGAAAGUGGCAAAAACAUUCUUCAAAUAGGAACAUGCAAUCCUGAAAGAGCCCUACAAGCUGCAAAACUAAUGGAGGAUGACAUAGCAGGUGUUGAUAUUAACAUGGGUUGCCCAAAAGAAUUUUCGAUAAAAGGUGGAAUGGGCGCAGCUCUCUUAUCUCAACCUGAAAAGGCCAAAGCGAUUCUUAGAACGUUGACUUCUAACUUAAAGAUCCCCGUUACUUGUAAAGUACGUGUACAGGAGGAUGAAGAGAGCACAAUAGAUUUUUGCAAGGAACUUGAGAGUUGUGGGAUAUCGGCGAUCGCAGUCCACGGUAGAACAAAACAUGAAAGGCCUCAACAUCAAAAUAGAAAUCAACUUCUCAAAAAGAUUUCACAAAGUCUCUCCAUUCCUGUUAUAGCAAAUGGAGGUUCAAAAGAAAUAGAAAAAUACGAGGAUAUCAACAAAUUUAAGAAAGAUACAGGCUGUAGCAGUGUUAUGUUAGCAAGGGCAGCUGAGUGGAAUGUCUCAAUUUUUGAUAAAAACGGGAAACUCCAGAUAGAUAAAAUCAUUGUCAAGUAUUUAAAACUCGCCAUUACUUAUGAUAAUUCUCCUUCAAAUACCAAAUACUGCAUUCAGAACAUGCUAAGAGAAUUGCAGGAAACAGAAUUGGGGAAAAAGUUCCUCGAAGCACAAACUUUGCAACAAAUGAGUGUAUUGUGGAGUCUUGAAGAGUUCUAUAAAGAAAUGGUAGAACAACAAGAACAAAACGGUUUAAUCGGAAGGCGGGAUGUUCAACCAGUUGGCCACAAAAAGAUAUGUCUGGAUUCUGAUGUGACAGCUAUGGAAUGUGUCUUUAUCCGAAAUCUUUACCCAUCUGACCCUGAUUUACCAAAAACUAGAUUACUUAUGUGGACUAAAUCAAACGGUUUGAAAAUACCACAGUACCAAACUAUACAAGUGGAUAAACUCUUCCGAUCAACUGUGACUGUCCAUGGAUUGCGGUACACAUCUACAUUUUGGGAGAAAAACAAAAGAUGGGCAGAACAAGGGGCAGCGAUAGUUUGUCUGUGCAGUAUUGGUAUAUUAGAUAAAAAGUUUCUUAAGGAAAACGGGGUAUUGAGAUAAAAACUUACAAUUGUUUAAAUUAAAAAGUAUGU